AAGUCUUUUCUGAGGAAUUUAAACUCAUUGACAACGACUAAUACUUUGCGGGAGUUAAAGAACUGCAGGGACCGAUCUCAGCAAAACAAGAAGAUGGGAAAUUCUUGCAGUGGUUUGCCUCCAGAUUGUGAGAUUAUUGUGAAAACUGGAGAUGUUAAAGGUGCAGGAACAGAUGCAAAUGUAUACUGCGCUCUUUACAACGAGGACAAAACUCGCUCGCGUGACUUAAACCUUGACUGCAAGUGGAAGAACGACUUCGAAAAGGGCGCUAUUGAUCGCUUUAAAGUUCAUUGUGGUCUUCCUCCUGGUCCUUUGCACAAGUUGGAAAUUUGGAGAGAUGAUAGCGGCAUCGGAGACGACUGGUACGUCGAGUGGAUCAAAGUGAAAAAGCUCAAUAACCCGGACGAAGAAGAACCAGUCAUCUUUCCUUGCAAUCGCUGGGUGAAAGCCAAGCGCAAGUUGGUGUUGACCAUUUACGACUGUGUUUUGCCUCAGUUUGACGAGCAUGCUGAACAGAGAAAGCAAGAGUUAGAAGACAAGCGGGAUGUUUAUCGAAUGGCUCGCAAAGCCCCUGGCAUUCCUAAGCAGGUAGAAGUUUUCGUGUAUUCAUGUAUAAUUAAUCCGCGUAAUUUACAGAAACAAUUAAUUUUUCGAGGGUUACAACAACAACAACAUAACUUAUAACUAUGCAACGCGCCUGUUCGAAUUGCGUGUCAAAAAUCGUGUAAUUCCAGAGAGAGAGUUUUAAAAAAGCUUGAGCAAGAUAUUUACUUCUUUCUUUUUCCUCAAUUGAGAGAAAAAGUAUCUUUUGCUCUUGUUUGUUAUGCAAUAUUUAUCAAUGGGUGGACGCAUAGCUGCUAAUAUUAUUGACAUUUCAUAAAGAUACCGUAAACGCAAAUGUUUUGAUUUUGUUUUGAUUACUUCUUUUCAAAUCUUUUCCCAACUGUUGUAGAUCGAGAGUUGUCCAAGAGACGAGAGUUUUAGCAAUGAUUACAAGGUAUGUUGUGUUUUUAUAAGGAAGACAUUUUUAUUUUAAUUCACGUGUAAAUACUAAUGUGAGUAAUUGAAUUUCCUUUUAAAGAGAUGCGUUACAUAAUGACUGUGUGAAAGUUUGUUAGUGGCCAAAAAUAUUUAUUAUUAUUAUUAUUAUUAUUAUUAUUAUUAUUAUUAUUAUUAAACAUUUGCGUUAUUGUACCUUUGAGGAUUGUUUGUCGCUGUGCAAGCUUCGUAAUGUCUUUUUAGUGGUACAGUUGUCAGCUUUUCUGUGUUCUGAUUGUCCUAAAUUUUUGGAUUUCUUGAAUAUAAUAUAUUCAAGAAAUCAAAAAAUUUAGGAUCUAAGACAUUAGGUUAGUUCAAUAGAAUAUUGACAAAGGGGCACACAAUCUAAUUUGAAGAAUAAUAAAAGUAAUGAACUAGCUCUUGUUCUUCAUGCAACUUAUUUGCAUAUCUCCAAGGAAAGUUUUCUAAAAACAAUAGUUUUAUAUGAACAAUAGGAUUGGAUGAUAGAACAUGCAAAUACUUGCCUGCUAUGCCUUUACUUCUCAGUUUGAUGGCAAACCUGAGGCUUUCAAAUUUAGAUAGCUCCACUGAGUUAAAAUCUUCUGAUUCCUUGAGCAAAAACUUGCUAUCUUUUACUAGCUGUAAUAAAACAAUGAUGAAACAUUAUCUGUGUUAUCCAAGUUCAGUUCAGACAUUAUAAUCUCUUACAAGGCCAUAAAAACGUAAGUGGUUUAAGGUCACAUGCCCAUCUUAAGAUAAUUAUUGAUCUGAUAGCAGACUAACCCUCCAGGCUAUAUAAGGCAGUGCCUGAUCCAGACGAGAUAAGGGGGGGUCUCCCAAUAAAAUUUUUGACUAUAAAAAAAGUGAUGAAUUAAAUUACAAAUAACUUUCUUUAUGUUUUGAGACUUGAAAUGCACAUAUCUUGUAAGUUUUAGACUGGAAUGCCAUCUGAUGAGUAAUCUGCUGGCUCCAUUUAGCUUUUGCACUCACAUGUAUCAGUUAACUUAAAGAAUUAAGUACUACUUGUUAACCUAGAGUGAGGUCACUACAGGGAAAUCUCAGACCAAGGCCUGGGAUUUCAACACCUCAAGGCUGAGGUCUGAGAUUUCUCUGUAAUGACUGAAUGGAUGAUGUUAGUUAUUUAUUUAUUAUAUGGCCAGUGUUUAGCGCUAUAUUCUUAAAAUGAAUACAAUAAAAAACACGGCAAGUUUUUUUCAACAUUCCUGCAUAAGAGGUCACUCAAGGUCAUUUUCACUGAACUGAAAUGAACCUGGUGAUGCAAUUUAAACCACAGGACACAGUUUCUUUGACAAUGAGAAAUUUUGGAAAUUUAAAACGAAUAACUGGUCAGUCGAAAAACACGUCACAUCCAUGAGUUGUACGCUUCAGCCCACGACACAGUCAUUUGACACUAGUCAGUGGAUAGCUUUGUUAACAGCUGUCAUAUGGAUGUCCACUAUCAAGUUUUGUGUUUAAAAACCCAGAUUGCAUAUGCCUUGGACACCUGGCUAGUAAUGCCUGGUCAUUGUAAGGAAAUCUUGGCUUAGCGGCCAAUUAGAGUGCACAUACUAUGUAGUAUUGUAGCUAUGUAAUAAAUACUGGUAAAUCGAUGUAUUGCUUUUUGCAGUGGAAUAUUCAGCAGACAAAGUAUACACUAGCUGUCAAAUGCAAACUUGCAAAGUUGACCUCAGAUCCUUGGGAAACUCUGGAUGACUUUGGCAAUCUCUACAAAGGAAGUCUUAACAAACCUUAUGUAAGUUGACGUUUACAUCAUGUGAUUUAAAUUUGGGACCAGAAAGAGGAGGGAGAAAACUGGGAUAUGGAGGGAAGAGUAGGAACUUGUGAAAUGAAAGUGCAAUAUGUACAAGGACAUGGAUGAGAACUGUAAGGAAACGGGGUGGGAACCAAGCCAGGAAAUUAUAAAGUAGGUGUUUGCAAGGCCAGCAGUUUGAAAACCAAGAUACAAAAAAAUUUAUUACCUUCUUCAAAAACUGGAAAUCCUUUGAAACCCAGUCCCUCCAGUUUGUUUCUUGACUGUAAAGAUUCAUAAGUUGAACUGGGAGGACAGGAGCUUAGAAAGAGAAGGAAAGUGAGUAAGUAUAAUGUAAAAGGGGCCAGCCAGGUGGGGUCCAAAACAGAAUCACUAGAGGAAGUAGUGAAGAUUAGGAAAAGGAAACAAGAAACUGGUAGAUGAAUUUGUGGUGUAAAGAAAUGGAAAGUGAAAGAAAGUGGAGUGGGACUGGGAAAUCAAUGGGAAAAAUUAUUGGGUGUACAGGGAAUGUAAACUAGGAGAGGAUGGUUGCGAACUGAGAAAUGGAGUUGGGACAGAAUCGUGAGAAAUACAGGAGUGAAGCAAAGAGAAGACACACUAGGAUUUUUAAAUAUUCUUGUUAGUGAGGAUCCUCAGGUUCUUAUUAAGCUUGGCAUUAAUAAUGAGAGCAAGAAUUUCACAAAGGAUAACUCCACUUUGCAAGCUCAUUAGUGAUAUUGCACAUUGAUGUCGUUUGCUAUUCCAGGGAUAUUUCAACUGGAGGGAAGACUCCAACUUUGGCCGUCAAAGACUGCAAGGCUGCAAUCCCACUCUCAUUAGACUUUGCACUGAAAUCCCAGAAAAGUGAGUACUGUUGUCUCAUUAUUGCUUGUAGUUUACAAGUGCUUUUCUCACAACACCUGAUUGACUUUCUUCCUUGCAGCACAAAACACUUUUCAAGAAUAUUUGUGGUGGUUGAUCACAAUUAUUUUCUGAGUUUCAUGGCAAAUUGUUGUAUUUUUUUUUUUCAUAGUUUCAAGGUCACUGCUGAACUUGUUGAGCCUUUCCUGGAGGGACUUACUUUAGAAGAAGCCAUGAAGAAAAAGAAACUGUAUAUUGUGAACCUGAAGAGACUCGGUGACAUAAUGUGCAGGUUUAACCGAGUGGUGAGUGUCUUAAUAACUGUGUGUCACUGUAUGUUGUAAACCCACUGUGAACAAAAAACCCAAUUUCCUGAUAAGCUGUCCCUUCUUGAAGCAUGGAAAAGUGUUGCUGUCUUUUUGUCAGCAUCAAGGCUGUCAUCAGCUGAGUUUUACACCAGUGAUUUUGCCCCUUACACAUUUGUUUUAUUGUCAUUUUCUAAUUUCAGAUCUGCAAGCCAAUGGCAUUAUUCUUUGCCAAUGGCAGAAAUGAGUUGAUGCCUGUUGCAAUCCAGUUGUUCCAAAAGCCAUCAGAUGAUAAUCCAGUGAGUAAAUCAUAGUACAAUGUUCUGACUUGAACUUUUGGCAAAUUCUAUCACAAUCUUGAGCAAUGCCUAUCCAGGUUUAAUAUAUACUAAAACAGUGGAUAGAGUUUUUUGGACACUCUGAUUGGCUACUCAAACUUGGGAUAUUCAGUGCCAUUUACCUCUGAGCAACGCCAAACUUGCUUACGUUAUGAGCAAAAGGGCUUUCCGGUGUGCUACUGCAUGAACAAACAAAGAAAAUUUUAAUGUCACAAAUAAACAAACAAGCUGUUCCCGAAAACAAUGGCCGUUAUCUCACUGUUUUAUUAUAUUAGACUAAAACAAUAUUGUUCACCUCAGUUUCAUCCACCACAAUGACUAGAUAGCCAGAAAAAGAAAAAGAAAGUUGUUUUCCUGUGUUCAGUGAAUAACUGUUACUAUUCACCACUUCUCCAUAACUCUCUGUAAUUCUUCCACACUUUGUCCUGUUUGUUCCUGUAACCCUUAACCCUUUAGUUCCCAAGAGUGACCAACAUCAAUUUUCUCGUAACAACAUCAGCAGAUCAUCAAGAGUAAAGAUUAUGAGAAUUACUUAAUUGAUUACCAAAGGGAGAAUGCUUUGAUCUUAAACCAAAUUCUUUCAACUGUUCUUUAAAGAAAUGUAUGGAGAUCAGUCUGGAGAAUUUGUAUGUGUAUCUUGGAGCUUAAAGUCUCAAGGGUGGUCAACAUCUGAGUGAUUCUGAUCCUGGUCAUCCCAAAGGAACAUACCCAUAUUUAAUAUAAAUUUUGUGUUAUGAUGGUUGUAGGUGUUUGUGCCUAGUGACCCAAAAUACACCUGGAUGAUGGCAAAGAUGUAUUACAACAAUGCUGACGCUGCAUUUCAUCAGUCUUGCACUCAUCUUGGUAAGUGAUUGAUACAAGGGACAUCGCUGCGUGGUUUUUAUUCUGUGUGACAAUAUUGUUAAUUUUGUGAUUACACUGAGCCUUUUUCCUGCGGUUGUUGAUUUUUUGAAUUGCAGGCUUUACCCAUCUUGUAGCUGAGACUAUCUGUAUAGGAACUCAUCGUCAGCUUUCACCUUCUCACCCGGUCUUCAGGCUACUAGCGCCUCACUUUUUGUACCUGCUAGCAAUCAACUCGUAAGUAUCCAGUUAAUUAAUAGUAUGUCUGUAGUGUUACUGACAAAACAGUGUUGAUUCAGCAGGUGCCGGUUUGGCCAGAAGAUUGACUGUCACCUCUGUGACUUUGAUGACGUGGAUUCAUUUCUCUCUCUUGAUCACUGUGGUGUUAGUUGCCCUGCUUCUAGGUUUUUUGUUAAUAUGGAUUUUCGGAUUUUUGCCCUCCACAAAGACUAACAUUAAUUUAGAGUUGGUCAGGUCUUUCGUAAAAUAAGGUUGAUUUUGUAAUCAUUUAUAGUUCAUUUGAAGAGCUAAGAUCACAACCGUCCUGACAUGUAAUAAUCAUGUCGUCUUUUGUGGUUUAACUGAGAUUUUUCCUGUUGUUUUGCAAGUGGCCUCUAAUCCCAUCGUAAAACACCCUUUUUUCAUGAUUAGUAUUUAGUCCACCCCAACAUCUCACACCCCAGGUUGUGUAUUAAAUAUAAAAAACUUAAAACAACCUAGAACUUAAAACAAAUAACUAUGUACAAAAUACAAGUAGUUUUAAGAUGUUGUGAUUGUUGUGUUUUAUAGACUUGCCUUGGCAAGACUAGUUGCGCCAAAUGGAUGGAUUGAUAACACCAUGACAACAGGAGCUGGAGGGCUGAUGGAGCUCGUUAGUCAGACGUGAGUUGAGUAGGAACAGAAUCGUCUUUUAACCCUUCAAUUCCGUGUGUUGGACUAAAUGAGCAUUAUUUUGUUGGGCUUGUUGUGCUCUUCCAGGGCCCUGUUGCCUCUUGCGACUAGAAAAUUUUUUUUUUUUUGCUUAAAAAUCAUAUGCUGGGCACCUUGGAUUUCACAGGUUCAAAGCAUUAGGCUCCCUUUCAUAUUUUUCUCAGAGUACGGCCUUGAUUUGUAUUUUCUGCAUUUCACAUAAUCUUUAUUCCGUAAAGUGAACAUUUGCAAAAAUACCCACCUGCAUUCUGAAAAAUCUGACAAAUCUUACAAGCAGUACUGCUAAUUUAAAAAGGAUGGCCAAAUCAUAUGAUUUUCUGGACAGACUCAAAGUUAGUGGAGCACUUCAUCUCAAGGUGAACUAAGUUAAGGAGUAAAUGAGUUUCAAAGGCAAGGUUGCACCAAAGAAAUCCGUAAGAAAAUGGGCCUUGAUUAUGGCUCUACACUGUGAUUGUGGAGUGAUGCACAUUUCACAUUUUACAGUACAAUUAAAGCCAGGAUACAGUUAAAUGUAGCUUACGUUUUGAUGAAGCUUACUUGAGGUUGGCCAUUUUGCAUUGUAAAAAACAUCUGACCACAAAUCUCAUUUUUUAGUUGGCAGCACUGGCGAAUGGACACAGAUGGAUGGCUUCCUGCUGAUUUAGCUGCCAGAGGGGUAAUUAUCACUAAAGAAUAUGGAAGAUUUCUGUAUUGAUAUUUGAUUUUUGAGGCCCAUGAUUAGUCUAAUUUUUUUUUGUUUGAGUAAUAAUAUUAUUGUUUUGUGCAUGGUAGACUUUUCCAUUAAUAUGUACUGUUAAUAGGGGCUCAUGGAAUCUUGUACCAAAGCAAACUCUCUCUCAAUAGAGAGGAGAAGUGUGAUGACACAUCACCAUGGUAGCGGAAUUUCUGGAUAACAACAUUAGGGAGCUUAACCGAUGGCAAAAUUGAAAACAACGAGAAUGGCGAAAAGACAAUAGAAAAUCAACAACUCUGCCCAUGCAUCACACUCUUGUACAUUUCUUAGCCAUCGUUGCACGGAUGUGACACAACACUUCCUAAUUUCACAUGCCCACUUUACGGAGCGGGUGAACACAACACAAAAAUUUCUUUUUCUUUUUCUAAACUAUCGGGUUCAAUUCCAGAAAAUUUCACCAACUAUAACAAAUUAAAUGAAAUUGAAGAGGGCCAAUAAAGUUUGAAACAGUGUGACAUUUUCGACUUCGCUCUAUAGAGUGAUACAGCUUAAACAGGGUAUGUACUCAGGAGGGGCGAAUAAGGGGAGGAGCCCUUGCCUGCUGUGCCCCAACCUCUUAUCUUAGGGUCUGGAUGAAUCUCCCUCUUCCCCAACUUACCUGAAGGGUGGGUGUUCCAGUGCUCUGCACUCAGAUUGUGGAAACCUUCGCAUCACUAUAGGGAGUUAAACAUUAAUUUUGUUUUCAACAACACAACUAUAUUCUACAUAAAAAAGUAGUAUCAGAAAUGAAUUUGCUAUAAUGAAUGUACAUUAGGAAAAGUUUCAUAGAAAUCUACUCUAUGCUCUACAAAAAUUUCAAUGGUGAAAAAUGCAAAAGAAAUAAAUUGCGAAGAAAUUCCAGGAUUUAGUAGUCAAUUGGCUAUACAUGUCUUUAUAAUAAUAACGUUGCUAGUCUAUAAGGUUCCCCAAGUUUGAAGAGGUUGUCAUAAAUUGCUCAUAGCAAAUUUACCACAUUCUUGAACUUGGUUUACGUUCUAGCCACAAAUUGUGUAAUUUUAUUAUCCAUUGUGUAGAUUUUAAUUUUUUUAUUGUUAUUCUUGAGAUGGAAGACACUGAAGCAUUACCAAACUACCCCUACAGAGAUGAUGCUUUGCUGAUUUUUGAGGUCAUUCAUGACUAUGUGCGAGAGGUUCUGGAGGCAUUUUAUGGUACGCUCAGAAAUUGGCUGUCAUAUCAGGGCUGUCAAUAACAUUGAAUGCAUAUUUAAACAGGUUUAGAUCUGUGAAACGUUCAAACCGUGCGAUGUCGUGAACGCGUGGGAAAUUUCGAAGGCAUUGUUCCCAUUCUUGCGUGUAUUCCGUCAAAACAACAUGGCGUCCGCGGUGGAAUAAAUACCUCUUGAAAACCCCGGAAAAGGCAAUUGCCGAGACUCUAACUUUCAAAAUGUCCCUAGAUGCCUCGGCCCUAAGAAACUUGUGCCUUUGGUGCGAGUUCCAAAGCCGCCUACUAUUUUUAUUAUCAGCCUGCUACUUAAAAACGUUUUGACAGCCCUGGUCAGAUACACAUAUCUUUUGCAAAUUUACUGGUAAAUGUUCAGUACCGUCCAUUUGGAGCCCUUCACAAAUUUUUUGCAUUGCUAGAAAGAACUCAGUCAGUGCAAAUGUUUCUUAUGAGUGGGUGGACUGCAAUGUUAAACUUGAGGAUAAGUUGUAACUUAAAAGCUGUUGUAAAGUUAUUUUUCGUGGGAACCUUUGGAACAUCUUCAAGUUAAUGCGACCACUAUUGGGCCAUAACAUCCUGGUCAUAAUAACGAGAAUUGAUGGUCGUAUAUAAGGGAUCGUCGUCAUAAUAGUAAAAUAACCAGUGUUUCUUACGUUUGGAUCGAAAGACUGUGGUCGUAAUAAUGAGGUGGUCGUAUAAAAAGGGUGGUUGCAAGGCGGGGUUCCACUGUAUUUCCAUCUGGUUCAUUUUCCAUGUAUCCAUCAGGAGGGAGGCGUAAGGGGGUACGAACACUUCAAAACCGCACAGAAAUAAGUAUGAACACGGCAUUGAAUUUACCUGAAAAUUUCUAAAUACCGCAAGCUGCUUGGUUUUGUAAAACCACAAUACCGCAACUUAAAAUAAAAAUUUCCUCAAAACCGUAUCACCGCAAACCCUUACACCCCCCUCCAUCAGGCCCCGCUAUCCGUUGGAUAAAUCACUAUCCAGCGGAUAAGUAUUAGGGGAACCCAUCGCGUUAUCCAGUGGAUAGCGCUAUCCAUCAUUUGAACAACUGGGGAAGGUGAUGAUAUAACAAGGUUUCAUGAACUAAUUCCUGCUUGAAUAUUUCAGAUGCCCCUGAAAAAUUAACAGAUGACUGGGAAAUUCAGAACUGGGGACAUAUGCUGGCAGAUCCUGAAGAUGGUUUGGGAAUCAAGGUAAUGUUUUUGAAACACAGUAGCAUUAUACAGUGGAGAAUGUUUACGGCAAACAAGUGAGUCUCCAUAGUAAGUAGCUUGUUUAGUGGUAGAGUUUGUGGGCAGAUAGUGAGCUGUGACUGCUCCUAAGUGGGAACAGGAGAAAAUUAUGUGCGCUGAUGUUAGGUUUUAGAGAGUUAAUAGGGAGUGAUACAAAUUUGGUAACAUCAAGGCAUAUUAUGGGGAGAGAAAAGGCCUCACUUCCGUUUGACGUGCGUUGCUCAAAAACUCCUUUACUCAAGCUUUACUUAACAGCCGCAACAUAGUUAGUAGAGCACUUGAUUGUAGAGCGGAGGUCGUGAGUUCUAUUCCGGGGCCGAACCAAUACUUAAGGUGUGAAAACAACUGAAAAAAGAAGGUACUACCUUUUCCCUGCAAAUGGCAAGACCUUCGCGUGGUUCCUAUGAACGCGUACAAUAACGGUCCCGUCUCCGGACGGACACUUAAAAAAUUGUUCUCAAUUAGUAUUUUCCCCUAAUGUUUCAACAUGUACAACUGUACCUUUUAAUAUUUUUACAGGGUGUGUUCGGAGAUGGCAAGUUUAGUGACUUGGAAGACUUGAUCAAAGUGGUAACCUCCAUCAUCUUCAUCAGCAGUGUGGGGCACUCAGCUGCAAACUUUGCUCAGUAUGACGAGUAUGCCUUCCCUCCCAACUAUCCUGCUUUCCUGCGGGGAAAACCACCAACAUCAAAGGUACUUUAACCUUUAACCUUUCAAGUAGCGUGCUUAGUAGGCACAUAAAUGGGAGGAGAGGGAGAGCGAGAGGGACAAAAGUGCUAAAGAGAAUAGGGGCCCCUUCCCUCUCUACCCAGCCCUAUAUCCCUUUCGACGCCUGCUACACAGGCUACCAUUCGAAGCCCAAGAGUGACCAGCGUUAAUUUUCUCAAACAAUCUCAACACAUAAACCAGAGAAGAGGUUAUGAGAGUUAACAAAAUACCAGUGGGAAAAUACGUUGAAUUUCUCUCAAGCAUUUUCUUAAGGGAAUGUAUGGAGAUCAGUGUGGAGAAUUUGUAUGUGGAUAUUGGGUCUGAAAGUAGUUAGCCGCAAGAGCGAUAAACAUUAGCCUGCGUUGCUGCCGGCCCACGCAUCGUCCUGACCGUUUGCAGAAGGUUUAGAGUGUGCGCAAUGCAGGCUAUUAAACAUCAACAUUAAGUUUCUCCUUUUCCUUUUUAAAUGCGGCGUGGUCAGGACAAUUGGCUGAUUUAGCAACAGAAUGGGAUCGUCAGUUGAUGACGGCGCGUGCAAAUCAAACAACUGGCUUGACCAAUGUGGGAAUCGGAAGUCGAGUUUAGUCCUUUCCGCGCGCUGACGUUCCCAUUCUGUUGCUAUACCAGCCCUUGGGACAUGAUCACGCAAGAUGAGGUCAAUUGAUGCCUAAGCAAUUUCUCCCCACUAUUUGUAAAGGAAACGUAUCGGGGCACCCAACGAGAAUUUACUUCUCAGUAUUAAGGUGGAUUUCCACUGUCGCAUAAUUUUUCCGUGCGUCUGCACGUAAAUUUUACGCGCGUAAAUAAAAUAGAGACAAUGUAUGGAAGGUCACGCGUAAACGUUUAAGUGGAACCUCGCUCGCUAGCCUGUGCACAGACGUUGUUUUAUUUUUCUUUUCGAAAACAUCGGCGAGCUCGCGAGCGAAGCGAGCCUGCGAGAACGAGCGUGGAGCGCGAGAAAGAUUCGUCUUCCCCCACCCUACCCCCUUUCGCUGGUGGUCAAUAAACCCACUGCGGUUUAUAUUUUAUCACGCGCGCUCGACGGACUUUGAAGGGGAAAAUAGAUAAAAAUACGUGGUAUGUACGUUAAAGUUAUGCUACGGUAGAAAUCAACCCUUAGUGUUUAAAGGAUUAAUAAUGAUAAAGAAAUGUAAAAAAGAACGAGGGUGCAAAAUGUACCGCUGUCCACGUCUCUAAAUUGAUUAUUAAUUUGAUAAAAUUUAAAACAAAAAAAAAGAAAAUAUUUAAUUAAAUUUAUCCAGGGUUUUACAUUAAUGUGCCCAAUUUUAUAUGUUACUGUAGGAACAUUGGGCAGAGCAUUAAAAUUUCUCUGACCAUGUCCGGUCCCCUCGCUUCUCUAAUAAGGACAGUUGUUCCACAAAGGAUAAACGAGUUGAUAAUUGGUUGAUUUUGUUCUGAUUACAGGAACCUCUGACAGAACAGGAUAUCAUUGAUGCUCUUCCAGUCAAAGACAUGACGCUUGACAUUAUCAUUGUGACAAAAAUCCUCAGCGAUCGCGGUACUAACGCACUGGGUGACUUUGAAGUUCAGUACAUGUACGAUCCUAGAGGAACCAAGCCAGUUGAAAAGUAAGAAUGACUACCAGAGAAUUUGUUCUCAUUGAGAACCUGUGUUAACUGUAGAUAGUUAGUUAUAGUUAUAGUUAACUGUAGAUACAGUGUUAAGAAUUUUGCACUUUGUUACCCAAUGACUCCUCUCCUCACCCCACCCUGGUCAAUUUUGUUCGGUUGAGGUAGGAAAUGAUCCAGCCGGACUGCAACAUUUUUUUUGGUUGGGGGAGGAGGAGGAGUAGUUCUUUUGUCGUUGCUGCCAUUGCUUUCAAGAGCUUUAUCUUGAAACAUGACACGGCAACGUCCAUUUUUCUUAACAUUUCUGUCCAAGAGUGUGGCUUUUACUUGAAAAUAAUAAACGACAGCAAAGUAUUGCUUCGUUAGAUUUUGCCCUCUACUCAAGAAAUACAGCUCGCUCACAAGUGAAUGAUGAAACUCGAGACGACCUCGUUCCCAGGUUCUCUCUCCGUAGGGAGGGAUUGGAGAGAACUCUGGGAACGAGGUUGAACUUGAGCUGGUAUGAUUCUGGUGUUAAAUGGGUCAAUAGACACCAAAAAAACCUCACUAAUGAUGUGUAAAUUGUUCUGAUUGCAGAUUACGGAAACGAUUACUUGAAGUUAGUGACAUCAUUGCCGAGAGAAACAAGAGUCGUCCAUUCCCUUAUCCCUACCUGGACCCUAAAGAAGUCCCCAAUGCUAUCAGUAUUUAGAUCCUUCAUCGCCCGGAAAUGGCUAAGAAUUCAGUACACUAAACGCUCCAAGAGAACAAAUAUAAGACGCGAUUAUCAAAACUCACGAAGACAUUUUGUGCCAGAAAGGAAUUUCUGAAAUUUAGUUGAAACUUUGUACAAGCCCGAAACCAACGCAAUUUGUUUUUAAAAUGUAGAAGGUGAUUUUUUGUACUGCAAAUCGGUGAAGACCGGAUCGUUUUUUAGCGGCAUUUUGCCCGUAACGUAGAUUUUCUGGCGCGAAAUGUGAUUGUGACCUUAGAAUCGCACUUUGGGUCUCUUCUUGUAAAUCACAUUGUAUGUAUAUUAAUUUUAGUGAAUGGAAACUGUCGGAGGAAUUAGUAUAGCAAGAAAUUCUAUUUUUUUUUUCAAAGUUGGUCUGUUAAAAGCAAAUUUUGGCAAAUUUUAAGGCGAUUCGACACUGAAAAUCUUGGGAUUCAAAUUCUUUUGUCACUCCUUCGACUGUUCAAAAUUCAUAUCCAAAUUAUAGGGAGCGCUUACCAUUUGUAUGGAAAACCCGGUAAUUCCGGGGAGAAUUCAAAUGGAACAGUUCAUCCCGGUGGAAAUUUUCCGGAAAAAAGGAAUGCCUUUCGAGGUAUUACCUUUUUCCCGUUUUUACCAAAACGACUGAAAUUUUUCGUAUCAAUUUGUCUGGUUAACCAGUGCCAGGCUUCCCCUUGAGGCGGAAGGUGAAAAAUGGCGAUCUUUUCCAAGGAGGGCCAUGGUGUUUCGCAAAUGGUACAACUCUAACCAAUGCCUCUUUUCGAAAACGUUUUCAAGUACAGUACCAUUUGUCAGAAAUUUUUGCCGAAGUUUCCUUACAAAUGGUAUGCGCUCGGGGUCUAUGACGCUAGGAAAUUACUCUCAUUGGUCAAUUCUGUGCUGUAGUCAUUCCUCAGGGCUUGUAUACUGCUGUAGACUAAUGAAGAUAUCAAACAAAUUCCAUCUGGGAGCACAAACCAUAAUAAUUUUUUGGUGACUUUAUUUUUGAAAACGUUGACCUAUUCUUGCCAUCUACAGUAUGUCUAUUCUUGUCAUCCAUAGUAACAGACGAUAGCAAAGAUGUCUUGGUAGUAAAAUAUAGUCUUAAGUAACAAACCUGGGUACCAUGACAGUCCCUGUAAGUACUCCUAUGGCAUGUGCAUUUCAAAGUUACCCGUAACAUUACAUAUAUAACGAAACUAAAACUAAUAUGCAUACUUCAACCACCGUUCUAGGACUUGGAUAACGAUUAUAUUAGUAUAGUUAAACUGAUGGAUGAUUCCUUUGCGUAAUCGCGAGGUUUUUGUACAAUACCACAUGGAAAUUAUAGUGACAAAUAUGUUAUGCGUUCGCUUAACGUUUUUACUAAAAAGUUCAGAUAUUCUUUAUUCUUGUUACCAUUUGUUAUGCAUGUACCAUUAAAUAGUUUAUUUUGUAUUUUUAUUGUCAGUUACUUUACACUAUUUGGCAAAAUGGCUUUACAGCCCUUGCACAUGCCUAGGGUAAUAGUAGUUGCAUUCAAUAUUUAUUAUUCUUCCACGCGGUGAAGAGGGUUCUCUUCACAUAGAUUUAGUAGGAUUUGGAACACAGUCAAGUUGUGAGUGGUUCCCAGACGAAGAUGGAAAAAAAUGUUUAAGUUUGCUCUGGUUUCACACUUCUCCUGAUGAUUGGCUAUUUAUGACUGUCGUGAUUCUUUUUCAACCAGUCUCUGAGGUGAAGCCAAAAGCAGUUGUCAGUUUGCGUUCGUAUUUUGCCGCGCUGGGAACCGGUUACAAGUAUUUGCUCAGUCGAAUUCUGAUUGGUUUUACGUUACUCCUUGUGAUUGGCUGUCUGAAACUAUCGCGAUACUCUUUUAACCAAUCACCGACGUGUGACAAAAAGCGUUUAUCACGUCGUUUUUUCCCUUGCUUUUAUUCCCGAAUUCUGCUUUCUUCGUUGUUGUUGUUGUUGUUGUUGUUGUUUUUUUUGCGUCUUUAGAGAUUGGUUCGGUAGGACUUAACUGGAGACUACUCUAUUUGUAAUGAA